AUGUCCAACCCCGAAUCGAGCCCCCAAGCCGCCGCGUCGUCCACCUCGCCUCCCUCCCACGCCGGCCACAUCCACACCCCGCUCUGCCGCUCCUGCGGCGCGCCCGCCGCGGCGCCCGCCCCAGCCCCCUGGACGGGGGAUUCCCCGCCGCCCGCCUACCGCCCCAUCCGCAUGCCGGCCAUCAACGCGCCCACCAACACCGCUGCCAUCGUCCUCUCCCCGGUCCCGCAGCCCCUGCCGGUGCCGCCCGCCUUGCCGCCCUUCGCCUUCCAGGCCCCCGCCAAGCGAAUCGCGUCCCCCGACGACAUCGCGCGCUUCAAGGACUCCACCCACGGCCGCCACUUCCUCGGCUUCGUCGCCUCGCUCUCCGCCUCCGUGCACGGCCGCAAGCUCUCCGACCCGCUCCCCUCCCCUCCCUCCCCCGCCGUCUCGGCCCUCCUCGACCUCAUCUCCGCGCUGUCCGCCUUCGUCGCCUCCACCCCGCCGUUCCCGCACAGCUCCCGCUACGGCAACCCCGCCUUCCGCCUCUGGCACGAGAAGCUCGGCAGCUCCGUCAACGAGCUGAUCGCUCCGAUCACAGCCGCCGCCGCGUCCCCCUCGGACCUCGUCGGCGCCGAGGUCGAGCUCGCGCCGUACCUCCUCGACUCCUUCGGCAACGGCACCCGCAUCGACUACGGCACGGGGCACGAGACCAACUUCGCCGCCUUCCUGUACUGCCUGGCGCGACUCGGGCUCAUCACCGACCCCGAUUACCCCGCCGUCGUGCUACGCGUGUUUGCUUCCUACCUCGACCUCAUGCGCACGCUGCAGGACACGUACCUGCUGGAGCCUGCGGGCUCGCAUGGCGUCUGGGGACUAGAUGAUUACCAUUUCCUGCCCUUUGUGUUUGGGGCUGCACAACUGAUUGAUCAUAAGUACAUGAAACCCAAGUCGAUCCACAACCCGGAUAUCUUGGAGAACUUCUCAAAGGAGUACAUGUACCUGGCGUGCGUCAUGUAUGUGAAGAAAGUGAAGAAGGGGCCCUUUGCAGAGCAUUCGCCGAUGUUGGAUGAUAUCAGCGCCGUGCCGAACUGGAAGAAGGUGAACAGUGGGUUGCUCAAGAUGUACAAGGCUGAAGUGCUUGAGAAGGUGCCCAUCAUGCAGACACCAUGCUCUGCGAGUAACGAAGUACCUACCCUCCUCUGCGAUGCAACAAAGACUGAUGCACAGCGAUGCUGCUCCAUGUCAGUACAAGACGGACCUACGGAUGUUUCACUUUCCAUCUAG